UCCGUCCCGAAUUAGAACUACUUGUCGCAGUAUGGUGCUCAAUAAAUAGAUAACUGAAUCCAAGCAUCUCACAGAUUUCCUGCAAAUAUAAUGCAGCAAUGCCACAAACCGAAGAACAAGUGGUGACAGGAUUCAGGUUCACAGCACAACAGGCAACUUUUAUCAAGAAUCUCCUGCCUCUUAGCUAAAUUAUCCCUAGUGAGCAGUUUAUAAUGUGAUGGUAAGCACAAGAGCAUAUAUACCCCAGGGGGGGACAUGAAUCUUCCAAGCAGUAGGAACAAAAACUGGAGUAAUCCCCCUAAACAGAUGUGCUUUAACAAAACUGAAUUGAUAACUAUAUAUAAAGACUGAGAGCUAUACACUGCUGAAUUGUGCGUCUUCCACACCAUUCGGUCAGGGUCCUGAAUCAACAUAAUGUUAGAAACAAUUUGCAGGAGAUCAAUCCAAUAUUUUGUGAUCAAAACAUCUCCUGAAGGACAAUUUCAAAUCAAUACCAUCCCGGCCUUGGAAAUUCGGAGAUGUUAUGGCACAACUGAACUACACCAGCAGCUAAGUAAGACACACUUCAACAGACUGGGUCGUCACUGACGGGCUCGUCACACAAGUCAGAUACCAAUCAGAAAUGAUGGCCAUCUCAAACGAGUGGCCACAUCAGAUCACCAUUCAUUCAACUCCUUUCAGCGUUGGUCACCAGAGACCAGACCAACUGAAAAGAAAAGACAAUUUUGUCUGUAGUAUCUACCGCCAACAAGUCGCGCAUCAUUGAUUUUCAUUCCUUCAGAAAGCACCUGAGUAUUUAUACGUAGUGCACAAGAAACCACGUGUUGCAGACUUCUGGUGUCAUGUAAAGCCAGAGCACCAAAGUCUUUGAAGUCGCUAUCCUGCUAAGAACCAUACCACCCAACUAUUGGUGCUCACCUUGACUUUUUGAGCAAUCAAACGUCACAUGUGAGACGAUAUUGUCAAAAAUGGUGACCUGCAGGCACCACUACAUGACCCGUCCAUAAAAUUUGCCCUGAAACAUUCCAAGAUCUGCUGGUAAGGAAUUUACCAUGGUGGAGGCCAUCUUCUCGGCGGUAGUCGGCGACAUGGUGGGCAGGGUGAUCUCGCUUCUCGCCGGCCGCUUCAGCGUCCAACAGAGUGCCAGUGUCAAGCUGCAGAAGAUAAGUCGCAUGCUUGUCAGGAUUCACAGUGUGGUGGAGGAGGCCAAAGGGAGGCACAUCACGAACCAUGUUGCCCUCGAAUGGCUCUCGGAGCUCAACGACGGUGUGUACCAGGGUCGUUAUCUGCUCAACACGAUCAGGUGCGGAGAGCCGGAGCUCGAAGACGGGCAUGGUGACAAGGUACCAGCACAGCCUUUCUCUCUGUCCUUGUUUAAUCCUGCAAAGCGCGUGCGUGUCGCCACGAGCACCGUGAAGUGCAUACUGUCUCGCCAUGAUGCCGGUGUCGAUGAGAUCGACACUGUGCUAGAGAGCUUGCAAAGCAUAUCUGGUGAUCUCCGGGAGUUCAUGAUGCUCCUGCAAGGCUGCAAGCGGAUCCGACGCCCUUUGGCUACCAACAUCUUUGUGGACGGGCAGAUGUUCGGCAGACAUGUCGAGAAAGAAAGGAUCAUCAACUUCUUGCUUGACAACAGCGGUCCAUGCAUCACGGGGAAACUGCCUCUGCUGCCAAUUGUUGGUGACAUUGGAGCUGGGAAAACUACCUUGGUGCAGCACGUCUGCUAUGAUGCCAGGCUGCGCAACCGCUUCCCAAUAAUCAUGCUGUUUAAUUUCUCAUCUACCUACGCUAUGGCGAUGGGUCGACCAACUGUUGUUCUGAAAUCCAAACAUGUUAUUGGAGGGUCUGGAAAGCUUAAUCAUCCGCUGCAAGUGCUCAACGAGAAUUUCCGCAAGAAGCGGUUCCUGAUGGUAUUCGAGGAUGUUGACAUGCACAGGAAGCAAAUGCUGGAGGAGCUCUUGCCAAGCCUAAGACACGGCAAACAGGGGAGCAAGAUCAUACUCACCACCAACAACAGGCGUGUCGCUGCUGGCAUGGGGACAGUGGAGCCAGUCAAGCUGAAGGUCUUGCCACACCCAGAGUACUGGUUCUUCUUCAAGGCGCAUGCCUUUGCUGCCACGGACAUUGAGGAGAACCUGAGGCUGCUGGCUGUAGGCAAAGCCAUUGCAAGGAAGCUAAAUGGAUCAUUCUUUGGCGCAAAGAUCGUCGGAGGGGUGCUGAAAGCCCAUCCAAAUCUACAGCUCUGGUGUAAGAUCCUAAGAAGCAAUAUUGGGGGCCUGUCCUUGUUGGGUGAUGGCCUUGGAUACAUUACGGAUUUGGCAGAGAAUCUGCUGCCAAGUCAUGUAAAGAUGCGCCAGCUGAUUAUAUCCAAGAAACCGCUCUCCUCGACACAGCCUGAGUUUGCCAGGUUGCAUGAUAUGCUUCUGCCAAGCCCUGAUGCAGCAGCAGCAGACCAAGAAAGCUGGAGUGCAGAUGUUGGAAAUGCAAAAGUGUUGUUGUGCAGGUCAGUUAUGCCAUUCUUUUGCCUGGACUACAACGCUCAUUGCACUUUUUGUGCUGUUUUCUACUGUCCUUUCAUUUCUGCAUUGCAUCCUCUUAGAGACCUCUUCUUUUACUUGUUCCAAAUAGUCCUUCGGUAUAAAUGGUCGCCUGCUUCCCAACGAGCUGGACUUCUAGCACAGGCUUUCCAAAAGCUAACAAAUUUCAUACCAAAGCAGAUUGAAGUAUGACUUUCUUUUUACAACUGCUUUUGCCUGUACCUGUAUCACUACUGCCGUGCCAAGAACUGGCGGCUACAGAUACUACUUCUCAACUAUGCGCCAACUGGUACCUAGGGUUAGCUCUCAGAAAUGAUCCAAUGAUCUUUGCGCCAAUGACUGACCCUUU